UGGGGACUAAAAAAACCCGGAAAGGAAGGAGUUUCCUUGUGAAAGACGUCUCUGUAAGAAGAAGAAAGUCUAUAAAUAGCUCAAGCAUUUCGGUUUUAGAUCCUUCCUCUUCUCCUCCUCCUCUCUUUCUUCUUAUUAUUAUUAUUAUAAAAUAUAAAAUAUAAAAACUCCAUCAUUUUCUGGUGUUUCAGUUUGGGUAGUUAUAUUUUCUUCAUUCAUUUCCCAAUAACUCAAACUCGAUCCCGCCGCUUUCUUCAUUUCUACGUUUUGUUUAUCAGGUGCUGUUUUACUCAGUCCCCAAAAGCUUAUUAUAUCAUCGUCGUCACCACCAUGGGUUACUUGCUAUAAAUGCAUUGUAGUUCUUGGGAUGAGAAGUUUUUAAUGGCCGAUUGCUCACCUAGCAGCAGUGACAAGAAAACAUUGAAGAGGUGGUUUUUCAUAGACAAAAGAGUUGGGUGAUCGAUCAAAACUCAUUCUAUUAAUAUUACUGGAUCCAGAUCAAAUAGUUAUUAAAUUAACAAACAUUUAUACACAAAAUAUGGAGUUGAAAUCAAGUCAUUCUUCUCCUGUGCUAACUGACCCGGCACCAUCUUCUGUGAACAACAAGUCAAGAUUAGGCCUCGGCCAUUCAAGCUUGUAUCAUCAUCACCAUCACCAUCACCAUCAUCACCAGCAGCAAGGAGCCUCUUUCUCUCCUCCCAAAUGUAUUUUGAUUCCGAGGAAGAAGCCUUCGGCUAUGCUCGACGAUGUUCGCUCCAAUGGCUGGCUUGAUGCCAUGAAAUCCUCUUCACCUCCAAGGAAGAAGUUCAUGAAGGAUUUCUCAUCAUCACUUGAUCAUCAUCAUCAUGAUGACUCUGACUCAUCAUGGAUGCUAACGUAUCCAUCUGCACUAAGUUGUUUUAGUCAAAUUAUGAAGAAAGCAAAGAACAAGAGAAUAGCUAUUUUUCUUGACUAUGAUGGGACUCUCUCUCCCAUAGUAGAUGACCCUGACCGUGCCCUUAUGUCUGAUUCGAUGCGCUCUGCUGUGAAAAAUGUGGCAAAGUAUUUUCCAACGGCAAUCAUAAGUGGAAGAAGCCGUGAUAAGGUUUUUGAUUUAAUAGGACUAACAGAGCUCUAUUAUGCCGGUAGCCAUGGAAUGGACAUUAUGGGCCCUAACUGUGUCAAAUCUAUUGAUAAUAAACAGGAUAAGGAGGUAAAGCUCUUCCAGCCUGCUAAAGAGUUUUUAUCUAUGAUCGAUGAGGUUUUUAGAACCCUUGUCGAGAAUACCAAGGCAAUUGAAGGUGCAAAAGUUGAAAAUCACAAGUUUUGUACUUCUGUACAUUAUCGCAAUGUAGAAGAAACGAAUUGGCCUUUGAUUGCACAAUGUGUCCAUGAUAUACUAAAGGACUACCCUCGUUUAAGAUUGACUCAUGGGCGAAAGGUUUUAGAGAUUCGCCCUGUGAUUGACUGGAACAAAGGAAAAGCAGUUGAAUUUUUGCUUGAAUCUCUUGACAUAAACAAUAGAGAUGAUGUGCUACCAAUCUAUAUAGGUGAUGAUAGGACUGAUGAAGAUGCAUUUAAGUUUUUAAGGGAGGAAAACAGAGGUUAUGGAAUUCUGGUGUCCCCAGUACCCAAAGAAACCAAAGCAUUCUACUCUCUCAAAGACCCAUCUGAGGUCAUGGAAUUCCUCAAGUCCCUUGUGAGAUGGAAAGAGAAGGAAGAGGCCUAAAGUGUGAUUGAUUGUUCUGAGAAUAUUUAUAUGUAUAGGCAAUUUGCUUAGCUUUGAAUUGUUCUUCUUUGAAUAGUAAUAUUAAUAAUAAGCAAGCUGCUGAUCAUUAUUAUC